GGGGUGCAGGGAGAGCUGAGCCUGGAACUUUCCUUCCGCCUGGGUGGGAGAAGCUUUCACAUGGGUCUUCCAUGAAGUCACCCAGAGGUUUUGGCUAGAAAUGACCUGAGGUCCCCAGCAAGGGUGGUUUGGUUUCAUCUUGCUCCAUCCUGGCAUUGUCUCUCUGUUUCAGAGGUUGGUUGUAUGUUCCCCAUGACUGUGGUGACUUUUGAUGCUGCUUGGAGUCACCUGCUCCCCAAACAGGCAGUGCCUGGUGAGAGGGGCCGCUUUUCCUCUGGGGCAGAUCCUUGUGCCAAGACCAGGGACUGCUCUAGGACUCAUCACUAAUGGGUGUCUGCCCUGGAAUGUCCUGUCUGGUGUCACUUGCUCAGGAUGUGUGACCGGAACGGUGGCCGGCGGCUCCGGCAGUGGCUGAUCGAGCAGAUUGACAGCGAGAUGUACCCCGGGCUCAUCUGGGAGAACGAGGAGAAAUCCAUGUUCCGCAUCCCCUGGAAGCACGCCGGGAAGCAGGACUACAACCAGGAGGUGGAUGCUUCUAUUUUCAAGGCCUGGGCUGUCUUCAAAGGCAAGUUCAAAGAAGGUGACAAAGCUGAGCCGGCCACGUGGAAGACGCGGCUGCGCUGUGCUUUGAACAAGAGCCCUGACUUUGAGGAGGUGACAGACAGGUCCCAGCUGGACAUCUCCGAGCCCUACAAGGUCUACAGGAUCGUGCCAGAGGAGGAGCAGAAAUGCAAAGCAGGUGCUGGCAAUGGGAGCAGCCUGAAUGACGUCACGGAGAUGGACUGCAGCUCCUCUGCAAUCGAUGACCUCAUCAAAGAGCCCUCCUGUGUGGAUGAAUACCUGGGGAUCAUCAAGAGGAGCCCCUCACCCUCCCCAGAGACCUGCAGAAACCCCCCAAUACCUGACUGGUGGGUGCAGCAGCCCAACCCUGCGUUGCCCCUGAUGAAUGGAUACUCUGGCUAUGAGCAGUAUCAUUCAGGUUACUCCCAGAUGGUGAUCAGCUUCUACUACAGCGGGAAGCUGGUGGGCCACGUCAGCACCUCGUGCUCUGAGGGCUGCAGGAUCGCUCUGGGCCAGCCCUCUGGCCACGGGGAGAAGCUCUAUGCCCCGGAUGCCCUGGAACAUGUCCCGUUCCCCUCGGCCGACGCCAUCCCGAACGACCGCCAGAAGCAGAUCACCAGGAAGCUCUUUGGGCACCUGGAGAGGGGUGUCCUGCUGCACAGCAACAAGCAGGGCAUCUUCAUCAAGAGGCUGUGCCAGGGCAGGGUCUUCUGGAGCGGGAACACCGUGGCCUACAAGGACAGGCCCAACAAACUGGAGCGGGAUGAGGUGAUGAAGAUAUUUGACACCAGCUUGUUCUUCAGAGAGCUGCAGCAGUACUACAGCAACCAGGGCCGCUUCCCAGACAGCAGAGUCAUGCUGUGCUUUGGAGAGGAGUUCCCAGAUGCUGUGCCACCAAGGUGUAAGCUCAUCCUUGUCCAGGUGGAGCAGUUGUAUGUCAAGCAGGUGGUGGAGGAGGCUGGGAAGACCUGCAGCAGCAACCCCAUGCUCCCCAUGGCUGACGAGCCCCAGCAUGACCAGGUGUACAGGAUCUUACAGGACAUCUGCAUGACACACCAGCGGCCGCUCUUCCGAGAAAACCAACAGAUUGCUGUCUGAGCCUCCUCCUCUGCACUCAGUCUGGUGGUUUGGGUUGAUCUAGACCCAAACUGGUCCCACGAGUGCCUAAAAUCCCAUUUUGGAAAAGUUGGGUUUUGUUCUUUGCUGUUUCCAGUCCAGAGUCAGUAUAAAUCCAGUAGUAAAAAUUGCCGUGAGCAAGUAGGUUGGAGGCUCAGUGUCCAUUGUGCAAACAAUUUAUGAUAAAAAUGAUUUGUUGUAGUCCCAGGACUGUUUAUAGCUCAUGGCUGGGGGAGGAGGGAGUGUCUAAGCUGUGCAGGAAGGUCAGGGCUGGCUUUGUUUGUGUUGCCUUUGUUAAUAGCCAGUCAAGCAGAACCAAAAAUCAACAGCUAUAACGACUUGGCCCCACGAUCUGCAACUCAGACCUUGCUGAGAAUAGUAAUUGGGUAAGAGGUGAAUCUUGGAAAAGCCUUAAAAUGCUCAAAUUUAGGAAAUUAUUUCUGGGAAUCAGCUUUCCCCCUCCAAAGAGUCCUGCUGAUGGAAGACAGGGUGUCCCUUCCAAGGAGAGUUUCUGAAAUUCCUCUUUAUUUUUGCUAUGAGAUUUAUUUUUGCUAUGAGGUUUAUCUUUCCUCCCAACGUAUAUGGAAAUUUGGAAACUAUUGCAGAGAUUCUAUAUGUAAAUUUUGAAUAUCAGAACUAUAGGAAUCUUAAUUUUUUCCUAACCAGAGACAGAGUUUAUAUAAAUAUAAAUAAAUCUUUAAUUUUAAAGAUCGCAGCGUAGUGUGAAUAGUUUGGCUUCACCCUCCCAAACACACGUGUUGGGCUCUCCCAGGCGUGACCAGGCAGCGUCAUCCAUGUGUAAAUCCUUGUUAACAUGCUCUGUGUGUGCCCCCAGCACUGGGGACCUGCUGGGCCAUGGGGCUCAUGCCUUACAAACUGGGCCAGCACAUGUAGGCGUGCCACCAAGCUGCCUAUUUAUUUUAUGCUUGAGGUUCAUUAAUUGUUUUGUGAUUUUUUUUUUAAUUUCCCAGCAAUUAA